CAAUAAGGUAGUCGAUCUCACAAAACAUCUGCAGGCGAAAAUAUUGGCAACCGGACCCAUAACCGUUGCCGAAUAUAUGCGUGAGGUACUGACAAAUCCACAGUCCGGUUAUUACAUGAAUCGGGAUGUGUUUGGACGAGAAGGUGACUUUGUAACAUCCCCAGAAAUAUCUCAAAUAUUUGGAGAGCUUGUGGCCAUUUGGAUUUUGAGUGAAUGGCAAAAAUUGGGAAGUCCACCGUUUCAGUUGGUAGAAUUGGGACCGGGAAGAGGUACACUGAUGCGUGAUGUGAUAAAGGUCCUGUCUAAAUUCAAACUUAGCACUGGGUUCUCUAUUCACAUGGUGGAGAUUAGUCCACAUCUCAGUAAGAUACAAGCCCAACUUCUUUGCUAUAACUUUGACGACUGCGACCCCAAUGUUGAUGUGUAUUAUCGCAAAGGAGAAACAGCGUCAGGCACGAAAAUAUAUUGGUACAGCCGAUUGGAAGACGUGCCACGCAAUUUCUCUGUGGUGAUGGCUCACGAGUUCUUUGAUGCCUUGCCAAUACAUAAGUUCCAGCUAGACAAUGGUUUGUGGAAGGAAGUACACAUAGAUGUGGGCGAAAAAAACGAUGUGGAUUUCAGACUUGUUCUGUCCAAAAAUCAAACACCCCUCUCUAAGAUAUAUUCGCCGGUGGACGGUGAAACAAGAACGUCCUUAGAAUACUCUUUGGAAGCGGAUCGAUUAGUUGGGCUACUUGCGGAACGAUUCGAGUCGGAUGGUGGCAUUGGCCUCAUAAUGGAUUAUGGCCAUUUUGGUGAAAAAGCUGACACAUUUAGAGCAUUUAAAAAACACACUCUGCACGACCCCCUGAAGAAGCCCGGAUCAGCUGACCUUACAGCCGAUGUAGAUUUUCGACAGUUGAAAACUGUAGCUGAGCAAAAAAAUCAAGUUGUGUGUUUUGGUCCUGUGGAACAAGGCGUUUUCUUAGACAGAAUGCAGGGAAAGGCGCGAUUAGAGGCCUUAUUAAAGAAUGCUCUUCCAGAGAAUCAACCAACUAUUAUGUCAGCCUACGAGAUGCUAACUCAUCCCAACCAAAUGGGAACACGAUUUAAGUUCUUUUCUAUGUUCCCGGCGGUAUUAAAAGAUCAUUUGGCUAAGUUUCCUGUAAAUGGAUUCCACUAA